AGUUCGACAAGUUUAUGGAGGACGGGAAGGGUAGCUGUGAGUCGCAGGACGACAGCGAGUUUUAGGAGACUGCGUCUCUGAACGCCUAAGAAUCUGCCUAAGCAGUGGUCAAACUGAAUCAACAGACACUUCAUACCAUCAUGGCGGAUGUUCCGGAUUACGAGGGUGACGACGAUAUCAUAGAGCAUUACGAGAAUCAAGACUCUAACAACGAGCGUGACAGCCACGGGGAAGCGGGGGAUGGGACUUCCGACAAUGAGACGGGAACUGGGCGGAGAGUCGAUCCAUCAAAAUCCAAGUCACACGUAGUGAGAAAUCCUGUGCCCAAACUUAAUACAGAAAGAUUGAAAGGCCCGAAUGGUAUCCAAACCAUCGAAAAGUACUUCGAAGGCUUCAAGUUCAACGGCAAGGGACACGAAAGAACGGACCUUGACAGAAUCAUGAAGAGAUUGGAACACUGGUCCUACCGAUUGUUUCCUAAGUAUCAUUUCGAUGAUUUUCUCACGAGAGUCGAGCAACUGGGGACGAAGAAAGAUCUGCAAGUGUUUAUCAAGAAAUAUCGGCUGGAUAUGAUUUUAUCGGAUGAUAAUUUGAUCACCCACGAUGAUGACAUGGAUAAAGAUGAUGAGGAUCAACAGGAAAGCGCUCCUCUGGACGACUUUGAUUUGCUGAUAACAGAACAAAUUCAAAAACAAAAGCAGGCUGAAACGCGAGCUUCCGUUCCUGGUCCGAGCACUUCAUGCGAGGAUGCGUUCGACAACCUUUUAAUGCAAUCCACUGAUACGCAAAAUUCACAAGUACAUACAAAUACUACUAUUGCUAACGAAUUGAGUGACGAAGUAAAACAAAGAAUUGAGAGAAACAAGCAACUGGCUAUUCAAAGAAGACUCCAAAAGCAGAAAGAGCAGGAGGCAGAAGCUAAGAGAUCAAGGUUGAUCGAUGAUACGAAUAUGGACACUCUAAACGAAGACGGUAAUCUUACAGUCCAUGACGAGACGGAUUCAUCCCAGAUAGACAAUAUGCGACUACAAAUAAAUGAAAAUGCAAAUACGAUCAUUACUGAGUCAAAUGAUACGGUGUCAAAUGAAGAGCCGGUAGCAAACCAUGAGUAAAAUAAAUCUUGUAGCAGUGUAUUAAGUUUUCGCUAUCCACAAAAGACAUCGUAUAGAAGCAUCGCAUUUAUUAUAUGGUAUAAAAAUUGUCUCAUCUGGAAUUAUUAUAUGCUUAGAAGUACAAGUUGUUAAAGAUACAUGUAAAGAUGAAUUUUUUUUUUUUAGAUGCUUAUUAAAUAAACAUUUAGUUUUUAUUUACUUA